UUCACUCGAACAGACGUGUGGGCCCAGUUUAAGCUUAAAGUUAAACUCAAAAUCGAAAACCCCGGCGGAGUUACACUAGGCUGAUCUGGUAAAGUGAAGUCGGGUGGAAGUGGAGUCAAUCAAAGCGAGGCAGCUAAUAAAAAGUGCUAAUGGUGUGUUUAAAAUAUGAAUAAACCGAGUAUGCCUGAGCCACAAAAACCAAUGCUACAACAACCACAACGGUAACAAUAACAAAAAGAGAUUUUCUUUUUCGUGGGACGACGUCGAAGAAAUCGCAUUUGCAUUUCACCGCGCUGUUAGUUCGGUAGAUUAAAUUGGAUCAAUCGAUGGAUGUUUUUCGGAGUUUUGUUUGUGUGCGCCGCGUUUCGUUUAAGAGUGCUACUUUCAUUCUGAUAACCGAAUCUGGAAUAAUAAAUACUUAAAUGCAAAUAUUGGAAACCCGUUAAGCAGAGAAGCCGACGACGAGCCAAAAACAGAACAAUAGGAGUUUUAGGGAGAGUCCCAGCGUGAGUGGGCAAUGACUGACAGCCGCUGAUCUGCGACAUUGUAAUGGGCAAUCGCAUUGCAUCGAGCAGGGGCGUGGACGGAGCCGCCGAGGAGGGGGCCGCCGGCGAGGGGAACUCCAGGUUCAAUACGCGCCGUCGAUACCAACAGCACAAGAGGGAAUACUGCCUGCAGAACGAGUACCGCUCCAAGACCCUGCCCGCCCGCCAUCCCCACCACGAUCCCCAGAAGAGUCCGCCGAAGUCCACAGAUCAGGAGCGAUUGGGCUCAAGCAGUUGUCUGGGAUCUGGACAUGGACAGAAUGCCAAUAAUAAUGCAACACCGCAACACAAUGGAGAGACGUCGAGGGUGCUGUUUCUGCUCUACUUGAUACACCGCACCUGGAACGUGGUCAUGGACACGAUGGACUCACGCACCAAGAGCAAUCGUUCUCCACGCGGGGGUUCCCCGCAAAAAGAAGAGACAGUGGAUAUUGAACUCCAGCCGCAGCCACAACCGCUGGAUGAGGAGUGCUCCAUUGGCAUCACCGACUUGGAUGCAUCCUCGUACUGCUCCCAGUACUCGUGCUGCAGCUGCAGCUACUGCGAUGUGGACACGGCUGGGACGCAGACAAAUGUCUACAGCUCCAUUGGCGACGACUAUUCCCUGGACUCCAUGUACGAAGCGGGAAAGUCGAUAGUUGACAGCGACAGCUCGACACUGCAGCGACACCAUAGCCAACAAGCUCGUCACCCGGGACAACACCUCCACCAGCACCUCCACCAACAGCAGCACCAGCACCACCUCCAGAUGGCUCCCAGUGUGUGCGAGCUGGCCGGCCAGGGUCAAAACAGUCAGGUUGUCCCCUCGAAAGCUGGCGGAUCCAACAGCUCGGGGACCAAUAAGUGCGGGGCGAGCAGCCUAAACGGAUCCCUGGCCUCCUACAAAAUUGGCGGCUCCGAACAGAGUUGGCCUCAGGCACCAGUUUACAGCAAGGAAAAUCAACGUCCACCUGUCUACAAUCCCGAGGACUAUGUCCACUCGUUGAGAAAGUUCAUCAAGGCCAGUAGUUCGGCCAAAAAGGUAUCCAUCUACGAUGUGAGCACGGGACCCACUGCCAAGGAAGAGGCCUCCAGAUCGGCCACCCUGCCAGCCAAACACUCGGAGUACAAAUCUCCCAUUCCUGCUCCGCCAGAAAAUGAUAGAGAGAUGUCCCUGCGUCAGUUUGGCUCUAUUACAGAUCUGCUGACCAAGUUGCGAGCUGAUCUCAGAGUGUCCUUUCCCAGCUUCGUCCAAGAAUUUGUGGGCACCCCUGCGGAUGGCAUUAGCCAUUUGCUAGAGGUGCUUCGCGCCAUUCAAAUGGCCCAGGCCAGCAAUGCACCAGCUCCACUGCCAGGAGCCAGCAGUUCGCUGGCCAUGACCAGGAACCCCCAGAGCUAUCAGCGACGUGCUCUUCUAGACGAACUGUCUUGCCUUCAAUGCCUAAGCAUCUGCUGCUUGCGAUCUCUGGAUGCCAUAGCCCGUCUGGGAAACACACCGGUGGGUCUCAUGCCGUUGGCUUCUUCGGCCACUGGUCAGGGCAUCCGAGCGCGUAUUCUGGCCCUGCAAUUGCUCGCCUUCGCCUGCGAUCGCCAGCCCUUUGGAAGUGGCAGUGGCGGUCAGAAGAUAGCUUCUGCUGGGCAUACAGCAGUAUCGGAUGCCAUGUCCACAUUGCGAUUGAGAUGCAGUGAACCAGUACGCUUUCGUUUGCUGGUUGGCAUCCUAAACAGCGGCGGUGGUUCUGGGGAACUCCAAUGUGCAGGGGUCAAAUUUCUCAACACCUUCAUUGAGAGUGCGGUGAGCAUUCAGCAGCGUUUGUACAUCCAGGCUGAGCUCUUCCAGGCUGGCCUAGAUGCCAGCACCUUGGCCCGCACCAUUUCCUCCUCGUCGCCCUGGUUGGAUGCCCUGAAGAUCGAGGUGAAGCGCUUCAACGAACUCCACAUCGAUGUGGACCAGAUGAUAACCCAGGCGAGGGAUGCGGAUCGCGUGCGCAGCCAAAUGGUGAUCCUGGAGCGAAGGGUCCAGAUUCUGCACGAGGAGAAGGCCGUGCUGACCUCCAUGGAGCGUCGACUUCAGGAGCGUUGUGCCGAGCUACAGCGCGAGAUUUUUCGCCUUCAGGGCGCCCAGCAGCAGUCCAAAUUCAAGCCGGUGGAGGGUGUCUCCGCGCACCACCACCAGCCAGUGGCCCUGCCCCGCCAGGUUCCGCCGCCCACAAAGACCAAGCAAACGAGCAGUUCGGAGCACGAGGACGAGGGCAUCAGCAGCUCGGAGACGGGGGCAUCCCUCAGUCCGGUGCCCAUUCUGGUGCUGCCCUCCAAGGCAAAGCAAUCGAAGUCGAGGAAGCUAAUGGAGGAGGAGGAUGAGGAUGAUGCGGCCACCAUAGAGGAUGUCAUCGAGGAGCUGGACAACAUCGUGAGUGAGGCGGAGAAGCAGAUCAGCAGCCAGGCAGGCAGUGGUUCCCGAACGACAAAGAUGCGACACCAUCGCCAGGUGGAGAAGGACAUUGUGCCGGUUAACAUAGUGCCACAGCCACCGCGAAAGUCGCGAUCUCUGGCCCACUUGGUGGCCCGCACCGAUUGCUCCGAUCAGGAGGGUUCGGAUUACGGCAUGGUCUUGCAUCAGCCAGGAGAUCCCGCUGCCGCCGAGCGUUUGGCAGCCAUGCACAGCUUCUUCGAUGAGGUGGACUACGAUGCACCCGAAACGGAUCAGCCGGCGGCCUAUCAAAUGGAGUCACCCACGCCAGACAUGCCGGAGGCGAAUGCCACGGCAACGGCCUACAAUGCCAGCACCAAUCGGGAGCUGCUGGAUGUGAUUAUGAAUGCGCGGCACGACGAGCACGAUCCCACAAUGCAGGCGCUGAGGAAGAGUGUCCAGGAUGUGGCACCCGUGACGAUUGUCCAUCAUCCGGUGAAGGUCAAGCCGCAGGCGCCACCACCGCCCACGCCGCCAGCGCAGCAAUUCAAUGGGGUCUUCUUUAUGACCGGCAUGAACACACCUCAGAAGUACCCGAAGCCGGAUAUCUCGGCUGCCCUGCAGGCCAGAAGGGUGACCAAGAAUGUGGAGCGACUGGAGGCCGCCUUUGCCUCGGCACAUCCCGAAGCCCUCAAUGAAGCAGCCAUCGGUAGGGAGAAAUCACGCAGCAAUCAGCAGAUAUACUUCACCAGUAAUCUGGCCAUGCGCAUGCAUGAGCACUCCAACUUUGGCCAGAACCAGACUCAGGGUCCAACCCUACGGACUCGAUCGCACACACAGGGUUCCAUGUCAAAGGUCACGGAUCUGCCCUCCGGCCUCUACUGAAAACGAUACUCCUCCACACCGAUACUCCGAAAGAUUCUCCAGAUCCUGUGCAAUAGCAAUCCACUCCUAGGUUACUACAGCCCAUUAACAGAUCAGCGUAUUUAUAGAACACCUAAAUCUACCCAUAUAUAGUACUCCACUCAUAUGAUAUAAACACGUUUCUUAUGCAAUAUCUCGCGAUAACUGCAACCGAGACUAGGUUAGUUACGGUGGCAGCUUCAACCGGGUAUCUAGCCGCUAAGUUUUAGCCUAAUUGAUUAUUUUUCUUUGAAUAAAGUUUCAAUACUAAACUGA